ACAAUUGAAUUUUUCUCGUCGUCUCUCCCUCCUCUCCUCUCGUUGAACAGACAAAAAAAAACACAAACACGGCUCUGUUCUGUUUCUCUAAAGAUUCUUCCCAUGUUCUGUUUGUCGUACUAUUGAUAUGAUCUUCCUUCAGAUUCAUUUUUAACUCCGUUGACUCAGAAUAUUUCGUAAGAGAUGGAGAAAUAAGACUCCGACUCUGACUCGAGAUCCUCUUCCUCGGCCAUGCGACGCUGCUUCGCCGCCGCCAUAUCCCUCUCCAGAGAGGAAUCAACCUUUUUGUCAUUCUCUUCUUCGAAAGUAAUCUUCCACAAGGCUCUUCUUAUUCGUUCAGAUCCAAGAGAUGUCCGCUAAUUCUCAUCCUACUACCAAUUCCACAAAUGUCCUCUGUAAUGCUGCCGCCGGUGCCGCCGCCGGGGUAAUUGCGGCAACGUUUGUGUGUCCUCUUGACGUUAUAAAAACGAGGUUUCAGGUUCAUGGCCUCCCUAAGCUUGCUCAUCCCAACAUCAAAGGUAGUAUAAUUGUUGGGAGUCUUAAGCAGAUCUUCAAGCAAGAAGGCACGCGUGGCUUAUACCGUGGUCUUUCCCCUACCGUCAUGGCUCUUCUCUCCAAUUGGGCGGUUUAUUUUACAAUGUAUGACCAGCUCAAGAGCUUUUCAAUCUCAAAUGAUAAGGAUCACAAAUUCAGCGUUGGUGCUAACGUAAUGGCUGCCUCUGGUGCUGGAGCUGCUACUACUAUUGCCACUAAUCCUCUUUGGGUUGUCAAGACUCGUCUUCAGACACAAGGAAUGAGAGAGGGUGUAGUGCCAUACAAGAGUACACUCUCUGCUUUAAGGAGAAUAGCUUACGAGGAGGGGAUCCGCGGAUUGUACAGUGGACUUGUGCCUGCACUAGCCGGUAUCAGUCACGUUGCCAUUCAGUUUCCUACUUAUGAGAUGGUCAAAACCUACUUGGCCAACAAAGGUGAUAAGUCAAUCGAUGAUCUGAAUGCUCGUGAUGUAGCAGUUGCCUCUUCAAUCGCUAAGAUAUUUGCUUCCACAUUAACCUACCCGCACGAGGUGGUACGAGCUAGGCUGCAAGAGCAAGGACACCACAGUGAGAAACGUUACUCCGGGGUAAGAGAUUGCAUAAAGAAAGUGUUUGAGAAAGAUGGUAUUCGGGGUUUUUACAGAGGAUGUGCCACUAAUCUCCUGAGAACAACGCCUGCUGCAGCUAUCACGUUCACUAGCUUCGAAAUGGUUCACCGUUUCCUAGUCACUCACUUACCUUCAUAGCUAAGCUCUAUACUUCAGAUUGUUUUUUUUUUUUAAUGAUGAUGAUGACGACUAGAUGUGUGGGUUUAGUGAGGUAAACAUGAUUGUUUUUACAGAAUUAAAGAAGUUUAUUUACUCCCU